AUGGCAUCAAGAGUAGAACUACUGCAGAGUGAACUGGCCCAGCUGGAGAAAGAGUUAAUUCCAAACUAUUACUUAACACAAUUGGAACAUCUGGACCUGUCUAAUAACCAGAUCAGCGUCAUAGAAGCUGACACAUUUGUUAAGUUCUACAAGCUCAAAUCGCUUUACCUCUCCGGAAACUCAAUCCAACAUUUAGAUUUCUUCAUUCCAAAAACACUAGAAAUCUUGGACGUUUCAAAGAAUAUACUGACGUCUGUUAAAGGUCACUUCCUAAAUUCAACGACUAAGAUCAGAAGUCUAGAUCUUUCAUCGAAUAUGCUGUCGAAAAAUCCACUUGACAAAAAUGCUUUUGAAGGCAUUCGUACUAGAGAACCGUUGAACAUCGAUUUGUCGAACAAUAAUUUGAUAACGCUUUCACAGGAAGCAAUAUGGCCGCUGUUGACCAAAAACAAAGAUGCUACUCGAUACGAGAAGCUGAAAUUAAACCUAAACGCAAACAAUAUUCACUGUAAUUGCAUGUUGAACUGGAUACCUCAAGCAAUGUCCAUGGAACCCAGUGAGGCCAGGUUUAUGGGUAUUGAUAUUCAAGGACGUUGCAAUAGUCCCAACAACCUUGAGUCUGUUAGUUUACAUGAUCUAAAGGAGAGUCAACUCUCGUGUGUGGGACCGACGAUUGUGCUGCCGAAUAAGAAUGGGUUCUCGGACGUGACGUGGAGGGAGGGGGAGGACGGAAGUGUGAGGUGUAGUGCCUCGGGAGACCCCAAUCCCAGAUACGCGAUGGUGCUCAAUCACAAAAAUAUUAUACUGCCCUCGAAAACAGUGGGACGGUAUAUUUUAUCUGAGAACGGGAACCUUGUAGUGAAGGAGUUACGGUUGUCAGACAAAGGAAACAUCACUUGUGUGGCUGAAAAUGUAGCCGGAUCUGCCACUCACGUCAUAAAUGUCCACGUGGCUCCGCAUCUCACCGGCGCCCAAAAAGCAGCUAUCACAUUUGGCAUUCUCAUUCCAGUCCUCGUAGUGCUAAUAAGUGUGAUCUGUGGAGUAUGCAUAUAUUGGUAUUUCAAAAGAGGUAAAUUCGCUCAGUGUACUCGGAAAAGACGUUCUAGUAGCAUAGGCGAGGAAGCGGAGAGGUUUUCACUUCAGAAUCAUCAUAAGUUGGAGCUUAACAGUGAGCAUAAUACUUUAAGAGUCGGAAGUCACGAUCCAAUACGAGCUGAUUCUCUGACGUACCUAGAUUACGCAACAGGCGGAAGAUCUUCCCCGAUUGAGUCUCGCAAACCAAUGACUGGAAACAUACAUCAGGCUUUUGUGAAUGGAAUGCGACAGUCAAUCGACAAGAAAUCUAGAACUAGCUCGAACCGAUCGAAGGGCGACGAUUUGAACAAAAGUCAUCCCAGUGUCUAUGAUUUGCAUUCCACGCAGUACGCUCCAUGUUUCCGAGAUGACCCAGAUUCAUGCGAACAAAUAAAUAACAUUGGCACUCUAGGUCCACCAGUUUUGGCGUUUGCUAGAAAGUCAAAUACAAUGCCGAAAAUGGCAACGAUAAACCACAUGGGAACUUUCAAUGUCGGAGGUCCGAGGCAAGAUAACGGAACCUUGCCAACUUCGCAGUCGAAUCCGGGGAAGGCAAGCAAGACGCAGAGUUCCAACGGCUCUUCUGUAGGAGUUGCUAGGCCUAUGAUUCACAAUGGAAAUGGAGACUUGGAUGACGGAGUCCUUUCUAGACCCUCAAGCACAAAUUCGAGUAACUACAGUGCCAGUAAUCAUACACAACAGCCAUACCUCUCGAUAAAAAGAGGCUCCGCUAUGCCUACCGUUCCAGCGAAACUAUACGCAAUUCCACUAUACAUUGACCCGCCUCAGUUCAAAAGCAAUGUAAACGGAAGCAACAGCAAUAUACUGAACUCAAACAGUCCAAAUAUGGUGUCUCCUGGAAGCACCACUUCAGAAGCAACCCACAUGAGUUGAUCAAAUUAAGAAUCGACGAGAGGAGGGGUAGGAUGAUUUUUCCAAGCAUUCUAUCUAUCGUUUCUAAUUUAUUACCUUUCUUCAAUUAGUUUCUGCUCAGUUAGUUGAUGAUCACCUGCUCACAUUCAAUACAAUUAGUACAGUCAUAUUUAUGUUUGUAUAGAUUACUGAUGAUUUUUAAAUUGGAUUACGCAAUUUUUGUAUAUUUUGCAUUUAUAAAUUUAGUUAUAUUUUGAAAUUGAAGAAUUGAAUUUGG